GGUCUCCCGUAGGGGCUGCCUCACUUGCACCGGCCCCGCGCCUCCCUCAGUUCCCUCCCCCUUUCCCUCCCUCUCUCCUCUUCCUCCUCCUCCUGUUGCUGCUGCUGCUGCCAGACCUCACCAGCUCAGAUCCAUCCAGCUUCGCUCUGCAUCGCACGCACCUUUACUGCCCGGGGUUGAAGGGGAAACCUCACCCUUGCAGAUUCAGGAUGUUGAAAAUACUCUUCCUGACCACUUUGACUCUUGCUCUUGUAAGGUCACAGGAGACAGAGGAGACCAUUACAUACACGAGGAGGGUCGGGACUGCCUCACUUCUGCAAUGUACAGAUGGAUAUGAAUGGGAUCCUAUAAGGCAGCAGUGCAAAGAUAUUGAUGAAUGUGAAAUUGUGCCAGAUGCCUGCAAAGGAGGAAUGAAAUGUGUAAAUCACUAUGGUGGAUACCUCUGCUUACCUAGAACAGCACAAAUCAUUGUCAAUAAUGAGCCGCCACAGCCUGAAAGAACCCCAGAAGCGUCUGCAAGCCGAAAUAAUUUUGUCAUUCGAAGGACCCCAGCUGACCCACAACGCAUAACUGCCCAUCCUCCUCAUCAGAUUCAGUGUGUGGCAGGGUAUGAACCAAGCGAGCAGAAUGUGUGCCAAGACAUCGACGAAUGCACGACAGGGACUCAUAACUGUAGGGCAGACCAAGUCUGUAUCAAUUUAAGAGGAUCUUUCAGCUGUCAAUGUCGCCCUGGUUAUCAGAAGCGAGGAGAUCAGUGUGUUGAUAUAGAUGAAUGCAGCAUCCCUCCUUACUGCCAGCAAAGAUGUGUGAACACACCAGGAUCCUUUUAUUGCCAGUGCAGUGCCGGAUUUCAGUUGGCAGCAAACAACUACACCUGUGUAGAUAUCAAUGAAUGCGAUGCCAGCAAUCAGUGUGCUCAGCAAUGCUACAAUAUCCUUGGUUCAUUCAUCUGUCAGUGUAACCAGGGAUAUGAGUUAAGCAGUGACAGACUCAACUGUGAAGACAUUGAUGAAUGUAGAACUUCAAGCUACCUUUGUCAAUAUCAAUGUGUCAAUGAACCCGGAAAAUUCUCCUGUGUGUGCCCUGAGGGAUACCAAGUUAUUGGGAGUAGAACCUGUCAAGAUAUAAAUGAAUGUGAGACAACAAAUGAAUGCCGGGAAGAGGAAAUGUGUUGGAAUUACCAUGGAGGAUUCCGCUGUUAUCCAAGAAACCCUUGCCCAGAUCCCUACGUCCUAACAUCAGAGAAUCGUUGUAUCUGCCCUGUAUCAAAUGCAGUGUGCCGAGAGCUUCCUCAGUCUAUCGUCUAUAAGUAUAUGAGUAUCCGAUCAGAUAGGUCUGUGCCAUCAGAUAUCUUCCAAAUCCAGGCCACCACUAUUUAUGCCAACACUAUUAACACUUUCAGGAUCAAAUCUGGAAAUGAAAAUGGAGAGUUCUACUUACGACAAACAAGUGCUAUAAGUGCAAUGCUUGUACUAGUGAAGUCACUAACUGGACCAAGAGAAUAUAUUGUAGAUCUCGAGAUGUUGACAGUCAACAGCAUAGGAACCUUCCGGACCAGCUCAUUGUUAAGACUAACAAUAAUAGUAGGGCCAUAUUCUUUUUAGUCAUUCAUCAGAAACCACCAUAGGCACUUAAAUCAGCCAAAGAAUAUUGUUACCUUAAAGCACUUAAUAUUUUAUUUAUAGACAUAUUUAGUAAGCCUGCAUCUGUAAUCUGUACACUCACCUAUAAUUCAAAAAAGUAGCACCGUGUUUAUAAAUGGGCAUUGUCACCUAUUGUCAAGAUUCAAAGUUUGCCUUUAUUACUGUAUCUGAAUUAGACAUUAAUCCACUAAACAGGUCUAGUUCAAGAGAGCUAUGCAUAUACUAUCCUGUGAAGUUUCAAGGUUGGUUUGUUUUUUUCCUGUCACUAGAAGGCAAAGCAAAAGAUAAUCCAUGAUACUUAUAAUGGUGUAAACAACAAUUUAACACAGCUCUACUGUCAAUCACAUAAAGGAAACAAAAAAUUAAUAUUAAGUAACAUACAAGUGAAAAAUUAUCUAACAGGUUAAAUGUAUUUCUUUUUUUUUAACUGCCUUGUAAGAAAGAAAAAGUCAAUAAAAAUCUAUUUCUUUAGAAAAUGAAGACCUAUCUUAUAUUUGUGUUUUUUACAUCUGGCUUAGAGGUGGUUAUUUAUUACAUAGCAGAGGAGAGAUUGUAUUGAAACUUUGAUUAUAAUACAAUGAUGCUAAUUUCCAAGGGCCAUCCUAAUUUUCUUUUUUUAAAAAAUAUGGACUGUGAUUAUUCAUUCUUUUAUUCAAUUCAUUUAAUAAACAUUUAUUAAGCACCUACUAUGUGCCACACACUGUAAACUUUGUCCAAUGGUACAUGAAACUUUUAAUAGAAAAUUAGUGUUGAAAAAUAUUUUUGGUGUUCUUUACAUAAGAAAAUCAUGACUAUUUCUAGCAUUGUGGCAUACCUGAUGUCACCUAUCUGAAUAGAGUCCUAACGAAAAGGAGAACUUCUGACAUCAGAGUGCUAUGUGACAUGAAACAAAAUUGAAAUAAAACAUGAUUUUUCAGAAUCCUUUUGCUGAAGGGGUUAGCAUUCCUGGAUAGAACUUAAAUCCCAAAAUUUUGCUGCCUCAUAAACCUAGCUUUUAAUUAGUACAUGACACAUGCAACCAAAAAAAGCAGCGAUGGUCUGGUAUAUAAGACAUGAGAUUUUAUUCCUUAUGUCCAGACUAAGGAGGGGCUGGGAGCUGACAUUCAAGUGAACAAUAUCAAAUU